AAAGUAAAGUGGACCACAUUCAACCCUCCAGCAGUCAGCCAGUCGCACUCUGCACCUCCUUCAGCGAGGACUCACCUCUCACCGGUUCAAAGGGAGUUUUUAUAUUUGACUGUAUCUCAUGGAGGGCAGGAUCACCUGUGGACUGUGGCCGGUCGUUUUUCUCUUGGGAUGUGGGCGACUGGCGGCUUUCAACCUGGACAGCGAGAAUGUGCUGCGGAAGAGCGGAGAACCAGGCACCUUGUUCGGCUUCUCUCUGGCCAUGCACCGGCAGCUCAAUCCGGUGGAGAAGAGAAUGCUGCUGGUUGGGGCCCCAAAAGCAAAAGCCUGGAGUGGUCAAAAAGCUAAAGUGACAGGAGGACUGUACAACUGUGACAUGAGCACCACCUCAGCUGGCUGCGCCAGAGUUCACUUUGAUAAGACUGAGGAUCCAAAAAGAGAAAGCAAAGAAAACCAGUGGAUGGGAGUGUCAGUCAACAGUCAGGGCCCAGGAGGCAAGAUUGUGACCUGUGCCCAUCGCUACCAGCGCCGGACCAGUGUGAACACGGCCAGCGAAUCCCGUGACAUUAUCGGCCGCUGCUACGUGCUCAGUCAGGACUUAACUAUCAAUCCCAGCUUAGCUGAAGAGGGAGAUAACUGGCAUUUCUGCGAGAGCCGGGCCAGAGGCCACGAGAUGUUUGGCUCCUGCCAGCAGGGCCUCUCUGCCACAUUUGACAAGGAUUUCCACUAUAUCAUCUUUGGGGCUCCUGGAGCCUACAACUGGAAAGGUGUGGUGCGCUUGGAACAAAGGAACGACACAUUGUUAGAAAUGGGCAUCUAUGAUGAUGGUCCUUUUGAGGUGGGCGAUCAGACGGAAAAAAACCCUGACCUGGUCCCUGCUCCUGCCAACAGCUACCUGGGCUUCUCUCUGGACUCGGGAAAGAGUCUGACCAAGAAUCGGCAGUUGACAGUGGUGGCGGGAGCUCCCAGAGCGAACCACAGCGGAGCGGUUGUGCUGCUGAAGAAAGGCGGAGACACAAGCAACAUCCUGCUAGAAGAGUACACCCUGGAAGGGGAAGGGCUGGCCUCGUCUUUUGGCUACGAUUUGGCCGUGUUGGAUCUCAACGCAGACGGUUGGCAGGACAUAGUGGUGGGAGCUCCUCAGUACUUUGAGAAGGACGGAGAAAUUGGAGGAGCCGUCUACGUCUACGUCAACAAAGGCGGAGAGUGGAACAAAGUCAAGCCCACCAGAAUAGACGGACCUCAGAACUCCAUGUUUGGCCUGGCUGUGGAAAACCUGGGAGACAUCAAUCAGGAUGGUUACCAUGAUUUUGCAGUGGGAGCUCCUUAUGGUGAUAAUGGUGCAGGGACCGUUUACAUCUACCAUGGAUCAGACACAGGUCUCAGCUCUAAAAAAGCUUCACAGGUCCUGUCCGGCCAGCCUGUAGGAGCCAGGAUGUUUGGCUACUCUUUGGCAGGCAACAUGGACCUGGAUGCGAACUCCUACCCUGACCUGGCUGUCGGAUCCCUCUCGGACUCUGUCUUUGUCUAUAGAGCCCGUCCAGUUAUUAACAUCAAGAAGGUAAUCAAGUUCUCACCGGAGAAAAUCGACCUCACCAAGAAGAACUGUGGCAACACCUUCUGCUUGGAAGUUGAGGCAUGCUUCACCUACACUGCCAACCCUGCGAGCUAUGCUCCCAGUCUGACGGUGAAGUACACCCUGGAGGCCGACGCUGACCGCAGGAAGAAUAGUCUUAUCCCGAGGGCAACCUUCCUUGACUCUGAACACAGCUACAAAUCAGAAGGGACCAUCACCAUGAAAAGCAAAGGAAAGAAACAAUGCCUUAAACAACAGCUUGCCAUACAGGAAAAUAUCAAAGACAAGCUGCAUGGGAUCCCCAUCGAUGUGUCUGUGGACAUCCAGGAGGGCAAACGUAAACGCAGACAGAGCCCAACUCCUCAGCUGUCACCUGUCCUGGACGCCAGUGAGCCAAUGUCCACCCGAUCAGAGGUGCAUUUCCUGAAGGAGGGUUGCGGCAGCGACAAUGUUUGCCGAAGCAACUUGCAGGUGAAAUAUCGCUACGGUUACAGGGCACUUGACGAAGAUACAUUCACUCCGUUAGAAUUGGAGAACGGUGUGCCGGUGAUCUCGCUCAGCGAUCAAAAGAACAUCGCAUUGGAGGUCACUGUGACCAAUCUAAAUGGAGAUGAUGCAUACGAAGCCUCUGUGAUUGCCUCCUUCCCAAGCUCCCUUACCUACUCUACUUACCGGCCUCAAACCAAUUUGGUAAAUUGUGUAGCCAAUACAAACGGUUCUCAGGCCGACUGUGAGCUUGGAAACCCCUUCAAACGGGGCUCAGAGACAACCUUCUACAUUAUUCUGGGUACAUCAGGCAUCUCUCCCGAUACCACUGAAGUGGAAAUUGAUCUUAAGCCAGAAACGACAAGCGAGCAGCAGAAAUUGGACUCUCUUAAAGCAAAGGCAAAGGUGGCGAUCAUGUUACAGCUGUCUGUAUCAGGACAUGCCCAGCCAUCUCAGGUCUACUUUACAGGAGAGGUCAAAGGUGAGGCAGCCAUGAAGAAUGAAAGAGAUAUUGGCAGUGCGAUCACACACCAGUUCAGAAUCAUCAAUCUGGGAAAGCGCUUGACAGAGUUCGGCACCGCCACCCUCGAAAUCUACUGGCCAAAGGAGACGAAGCAUGGGAAGUGGCUGCUCUACCUCAUGAAGAUCAGCUCCACUGGAGUGGACCACAUAGAGUGCUCUCCUAAAGUGGAAAUAAACUUUCUUCAAAUGGAACCAAGUAGCAACAGGAGGAGAAGAGCAGCAGAAAGCACCCAGGGGGGCAGCGAAGGCACUAUUUUAAGUUUACUUGAUAAGAAGUCUGAAAUUCUGUCCUGUGGAGAUGGGGCAAACUGCCUGACAAUAAAGUGCCCCCUGCGGGGCUUGGACAGUAAUGCAGUCAUCACUCUCCACUCUCGCUUAUGGAACGGCACCUUCAUAGAGGAAUAUUCCAAGCUCCAUCAUGUAGAGGUGAGAGUGAAGGCCGCUCUGCGUGUUGAUAGCACAGUAAAGAACACAGUGCUGGAAAAUGCUGAGACAGAGGUGAGACUGACGGUGUUCCCAGAGAGGCGUGCAGCCCAGUAUGGAGGAGUGCCAUGGUGGAUCAUCGUGCUGUCCAUCCUGCUCGGGUUGCUGUUGUUGGGCCUGCUGGCUUUCCUUCUCUGGAAGUGUGGCUUUUUUAAGCGAGCCAAAUAUGAAGACAAGGUUCCAAGUUACAACGCUGUUCGGAUCAAACGGGAGGAGAGAGCAAUAAACCCUGGGAAUGGUAACUGGGAAAACCUGGACAAGAAGCCCUGGAUGACAACAUGGCACGACAAAGAACAUUAUUCUUAACAGCUAAUGAGAUCUGACCCACACAGAUUCCUGUUGCUUACUGAUAAACUUCCAAUUUCACUGUUUUUUCCUGCCUUGUCUUUGCACAGUGUGGACUGUAAAUAAAGCUACAAAAUCAUUUGUUAAAAACAAAGAACAAAAUUUUUUAAAACUAAAGACUUGAUCAAACGUUCUGCUUCAGAGGCUGAAUUGAUCUCGGAUAAAGUCCGUAUAAAUCACUGGAAGGAGAGCUGCAGUGCGGGAUACGGUUCUGCACAAUUACUGUCUGUCAAAGCUUGUUUUGUACAUUUACUACAUUCACAGUGUUGACUGGGGGAGGGAGGGAAGGAGGAAGUGAGUAUGUUUCUAGGUUUUUUGUAAAAACAUUUUGCAGUUUUGUUUGUAUUUAUUCUUUGAGGAGUACUUUAUGUUACGUUCCCUACCGGCCAAAGAGUCUUGCAAUGCAAAUACAGGCUUUUUUUUUUUUUUUUACUAAAAUGUUUAUUUUCCCAAUUUUUUAAUUUCUUUUUUUUUUUAAAGUUUUUUUAAGGAUCUGCCUUAACUUA